AUGUUGCCUGAGGAAAACACACGGAAGAUGAGAAAGAGGAAGGAACAGGAGUCAGGCAUGGCUCUUUCUCAGGGAUCAUUGACAUUCACUGAUGUGGACAUAGAGUUCUCUCAGGAGGAGUGGGAAUGCCUGAACCCUGCUCAGAGGACUUUGUACAGGGAUGUGAUGCUGGAGACCUACAGGAACCUGCUCUCUGUGGAUAUCUCUUACAAACCUGUGAUCAAGAAAUUACAACUGAAAACAAACUCUGAUAGAGGAGAGGUAUUCAAGUCAUGGAUACUGGGAAGACCUGAAAGGAAUGAAAUGGACCUUUCUUACCUUAGGGUCAUUCAGGAAAAUAUAUAUGACUUUCAGUCUAAGCAGAAAGAUGAGGAAGAAAAUUACAAAGGAAUGCUUAUAACCCAUAAUGAAAAUCUAACUGAUAAUAAAGAUCAACAUGAUGAAAGUGUUGCCAGAAUCAAGCCUAUUGAAAAUUGGCUUGCCUUAAGCUUUCAGGAUGAACUGCAUAUUUUUAAAAGUGAAGACAAAACUGAUAAAUUCAUUCAAGCUGACAAGAUUCUCAAUAGUUGUGCCCCAUUUUCACUGCUUCAAAGAAUUUCUUCUAGUGUAGAAAUGAAUGUUUCUGAUAUAUAUUGGAGUAAUUACAUGCAUCCUUUAAUAGUGACACAAAACCAGGAAGCACAGAGGGAAAGACUUUACAAAUGUGGUGAGGAUGGCAAAAUCUUUCUUCAGAGAUCAAACCUCAGUAGACAUCAGGUCGUCCAUACAGAGGAGAAACUACAUAUAUGUGAUGUAUGUGAAAAAGUCUUUAGUCAAAAUUCACACCUUGCAAAUCAUCAGAGAAUUCAUACUGGAGAAAAACCUCACAGAUACAAUGAAUGUGGCAAGCUCUUUGGUCAAAAAACACACCUUACAAAUGACUUGAAAAUUCACACUAGAGAGAAACCUUACAAAUGCAAUGAGUGUGGCAAGGUCUUUAGUCAAAAAGCAACCCUUACACGUCAUCAGAGAAUUCAUUCUGGAGAGAAACCCUACAGAUGUAAUGAGUGUGGCAAGGUCUUUAGGGAAGAGGCAACCCUUGUCAUUCCAAGACAUAAGAGAAUUCAUACUGGAGAAAAACCUCACAGAUGUAAUGAGUGUGGCAAGCUCUUUGGUCAAAAAACACACCUUACAAAUCACUUGAAAAUUCACACUAGAGAGAAACCUUACAAAUGCAAUGAGUGUGGCAAGGUCUUUAGUCAAAAAGCAACCCUUACACGUCAUCAGAGAAUUCAUUCUGGAGAGAAACCCUACAGAUGUAAUGAGUGUGGCAGGGUCUUUACGGAAGAGGCAACCCUUGUCAUUCCAAGACAUAAGAGAAUUCAUACUGGAGAGAAACCUUACAAAUGUGAUGAAUGUGGCAAGGCCUUUAGUCAAAAAUCAAACCUUGGAAUUCAUCAGAGAAUUCAUACUGGAGAGAAACCUUACAAAUGUAACGAGUGUGGCAAAAGCUUUAAUCGGAACUCAGCCCUCACUCAGCAUAAAUUAGUCCAUAGAGAAGAGAUAUCAUAUAAGUGUGAUGUAUGUCACAGGGUCUUCCAUUGUCAUUCAAACUGUGCAAGACAUCAGAGAGUCCAUACUGGAGAGAAACCUUACAAAUGUAAUAAUUGUGACAAGGUCUUUAGUCAGAAAAUAAACCUUAAAAUUCAUAAUAGAAUUCAUACUGGAAGGAAACUUUAUAAAUGUAAUGAAUGUGGCAAGGUCUUUUGGCAUAGGGCCACCUUUUCAUUUCAUCAGCAUAUUCAUGCUAGAGAGAGACCUUACAAAUAUAAUGAGUGUGGCAAGGACUUUAGUCAAAAAGAAAGUCUUGCAGUUGAUCAUCAAAGAAGUCAUUCUGGGGAGAAACCUUACAAAUGUCAUGAGUGUGGCAAGGUUUUCAGUAGAAAGAAUUACCUUCCAAUUCAUAAUAGAAUUCAUACUGGAGAGAAACCUUACCAAUGUAAUGAUUGUGGCAAGCUUUUUCAGUACAAGUACAGCCUUGCAAGCCAUCUGAUUAUUCAUACUGGAGAGAAACCUUACAAAUGUAACGAGUGUGGCAAGCUUUUUCAGCAUAAGAACAGCCUUACAAGCUAUCUGAGGACUCAUACUGGAGAGAAACCUUACAAAUGUAAUGAGUGUGGGAAGGUCUUCAGCAACAAGAGCUACCUUACACGUCAUAAUACAGUUCAUACUGGAGAGAAACCUUACAAAUGUAAAGAGUGUGGCAAGAUGUUUCAGCGAACAUCCGCCCUUUCAGUUCAUAAGCCAGUUCAUACAGGAGAGAAACCAUAUAAAUGUGACAUAUGUGGAAAAGCCUUUAGUGAAAACACAAGACUUACAGUUCAUAGGAGAAUUCAUACUGGAGAGAAACCAUAUAAAUGUCAUAUAUGUGGAAAAGCCUUUAGUCAAAACGGAACACUUAUAGUUCAUAGGAGAAUUCAUACUGGAGAGAAACCAUAUAAAUGUGAUAUAUGUGGCCAGUGCUUUACUCAAAAUGCACACCUUGGGAUUCAUCGUAGAAUUCAUACUGGAGAGAAACCGUAUACAUGUGAAGCAUGCAGAAAAGCUUUUAGGGCUUAUUCAGACUUAAGUAAACAUCAAGCAAUUCAUAAAGGAGAGAAACCAUAUAUAUGUAAUUUAUGUGGCAAAGCCUUCAGUUUCAGGUCUUAUUUUACACUCCAUUGGAGAAUUCAUACUGGAGAGAAACCGUAUCAGUGUGAUGUAUGUGGCCAGUGCUUUAGUGGAAAUUCAUACCUUAGGAGUCAUUGGAGAAUUCAUACUGGAGAGAAACCUUACAAAUGUAAUGAGUGUGGCAAAGCCUUCGGUCAGAGUACAGGCCUUAAAGCUCAUCAGAGAAUUCAUACUUUAGAGAAACCAUAUAAAUGUGAUGAGUGUCAUUAUCAGAGAAAUGCAAAUCAAAACCACAAUGAGUGCACAUCCAGACUUUACUAUAAACAUCAAGCAGUUCACACAGGAGAGAAUCCAUAUAAAUGUAAUUUAUGUGGCAAAGCCUUGAGGUACACGGCUUCCUUUGCAAUUCAUCACAGAACUCAUACUGGAGAGAAACCAUACAAAUGUGAUGAGUGUGGCAAAGCUUAUGCUGCACGUUCAACCUUUAUUUACCAUCAAGCAAUACAUAUGGGAGAGAAACCAUAUAAAUGUAAUUUGUGUGGCACAGCCUUCAGGUACAGGACCUACUUUUCAGUUCAUCAAAUAAUUCAUAACGGAGAAAUCAGACACGACUGA